GAAGUUUGAUAAGCGGAGGGAGACUAUAGGGAACGUCCUUUCCUUCCUUCCUUCCGAGUAGACAGAGAGGGAAGUCGGUCUGGGGAGAAAACUUGGUCGAGGCUGAUGCAAGGACAGGAGAGAGAGAGAGAGAGAGACACAGAGAGAGAGUUCCUUGGUGUCAGCAGUGGAAUGCAAGCACCUGGAGACUAACCGGUGAGGACCACGGACCACUCCUUCUCGAACCACAGUGCAUCACAUCUAAGUGAAUGGGCAGGAGAAGGAGAAUUAUUGAGAGCCAUCUGCAACAUCAUUGGGAACAAGCUAGUAUAACAUGGCGAAAUGAAUAUUGGGAAAUCAAAGGGAUUUAAAAGGGACGAGGGAAAUCAGUGUACGAUUCAGAGGAAGAAAUCUUCUACUCCUUAGGGUGUUGACAUCCACGAAAGCUUGAUUCAGCAAGAAGACCAGAAAGAAAACAGAAGAGAAAAGCUUCCAGUGUGAGGGGGAAAAUUGAAAUAUAAAUUAAAUAGACGUUGCAUAAUUCACACAAGGGGAAAACCAUGUAAAUGAAUGGAGUGUAGGAGGAGCUUGAGUCACAGUCAUAACCUAAUUGAGCAUAAAGGAAUCCACACGGGGGGAAUUAAUCUGCAUGAAUUAAAUCCAUGAAGUGUGCAAAGAGCUUCAGUCAUAGCAAAAGCUGUAUUUCACAUCAGAGAAUCCACAGAGGCAUGAAACGUUUAAUGUGUUGAGUAGGGAAAGACCUUCGGUGAUAGCACGAAAUUUAUUUUGCCUCAAAAAACCCAUACAGGGAAGAAGCCAUGCAAACUUAUGGAAUGUGUAAAGAGCUUCAGUCAUAGCUGGCUUUAUGACUAAUAACCAGUACAAGGGUCUAGCCAUUUAAAUGUGUGCAGUGUGGAAAGUGUUUCACUCAUAGCGAGAGCUUUACAAAGAACGCACACAAGGAUGAAGGCAUAUAAAUGUGUGGAGUGUGGAAAGAGUUUCAGUCGUAGUGACAGCCUUACUUUACAUCAAAGAAUCCAUACAGGGGUGAAGCCAUAUGAAUGUGUGGAGUGUGGAAAGACCUUCAGUCAAAGUGGAAGCCUUAAUUUACAUCAAAGAAUCCAUACAAGGGUGAAACCACAUAAAUGUGUGGAGUGUGGAAAGAGCUUCCGUUCUAGAGGAGACCUUAAUUUACAUCGAAGAACCCACACAGGAGUGAAGCCAUAUGAAUGUGUGGAGUGUGGAAAGACCUUCAGUCAAAGAGGAAACCUUAAUUUACAUCAAAGAAUCCAUACAGGGGUGAAACCACAUAAAUGUGUGGAGUGUGGAAAGAGCUUCCGUUCUAGUGGAGACCUUAAUUUACAUCAAAGAACCCACACAGGAGUGAAGCCAUAUGAAUGUGUGGAGUGUGGAAAGGCCUUCAGUCAAAGCGGAAACCUUAAUUUACAUCAAAGAAUCCAUACAGGGGUGAAACCACAUAAAUGUGUGGAGUGUGGAAAGAGCUUCCGUUCUAGUGGAGAACUUAAGGUACAUCAAAGAACCCACACAGGGGAGAAGCCCUAUGAAUGUGUGGAGUGUGGAAAGAGAUUUAGUCAAACAGGAACCCUUCAUGUACAUCUAAAAACCCAUGCAAAGGUGAACCCAUAUGGAUGUGUGCAAUGUGGAAAGAGCUUCAGUCGAUAUGGACAACUUUUUCACCAUGAAAAAACCCACACAGGGCUGAAGCCAUUUAAAUGUAUGGAAUGUGGAAAGAGUUUCACUCGCAGGGCUGUCCUUAUUAUACAUCAAACAACCCACACGGGGAUGAAGGCAUAUAAAUGUAUGGAGUGUGGAAAGCACUUUAGUCAGAGUAGUGGCCUUACUUUACAUCAAAGGAUCCAUACAGGGGUGAAACCACAUAAAUGUGUGGAGUGUGGAAAGAGCUUCCGUUCUAGUGGAUACCUUAAUAUACAUCAAAGAACCCACACAGGAGCGAAGCCAUAUGAAUGUGUACAUUGUGGAAAGAGCUUCAGUCAAAGUGGGACCCUUAGCGUACAUCAAAGAACCCAUACAGGAGCAAAACCACAUAAAUGUGUUGAGUGUGGAAAGAGCUUCCGUUCAAGUAGCUGUCUUUCUUCACAUCAAAGAACCCACACAGGGGUGAAGCCAUAUGAAUGUGUGGAGUGUGGAAAGGGUUUCUCUCAUAGAGAUAGUCUUACUACACAUCAAAGAACCCACACAGGGGUGAAACCAUUUAAAUGUGUGGAGUGUGGAAAGACCUUCAGUAACAGAACAAACUUUCAUACACAUAAAAAACUCCACACAGGAGUGAAGCCAUAUGAAUGUUUGGAGUGUGGAACAAGCUUCACCCGUAGACAUCACCUUACUUCACAUCAAAGAACGCACACAGGGGUGAAACCAUUUAAAUGUGUGGAGUGUGGCAACAGUUUCAGUCAGAGAUACAGCCUUACUGUACAUCAAAGAAUCCACACAGGGGUGAAGCCAUAUGAAUGUGUGGAGUGUGGAAAGAACUUUAGUGACAAGAGUAGCCUUACUUCACAUCAAAGAACCCAUACAGGGGAGAAACCAUUUAAAUGUAUGGAAUGUGGAAAGAGCUUCAGUCAGAAGGGAAGCCUUACUUUACAUCUAAGAACCCAUACAGGGGAUAAACCAUAUAAAUGCGUGGACUGUGGAAAGAGCUUCACUUGUAGUGGCUCCUUUACUAAACAUCAAAGAAUCCACACAGGGGUGAAGCCAUAUGAAUGUGUGGAGUGUGGAAAGAACUUUAGUGACAAGAGUAGCCUUACUCCACAUCGAAGAACCCAUACAGGGGAGAAACCAUUUAAAUGUAUGGAAUGUGGAAAGAGCUUCAGUCAGAAGGGAAGGCUUACUUUACAUCUAAGAACCCAUACAGGUGAGAAACCAUAUGAAUGUGUGGAGUGUGGAAAGAGUUUUGCUCGUAGACAUCACCUUAGUAGCCAUGAAAGAACCCACACGGGAAUGAAGCCAUAUAAAUGUAUGGAGUGUGGAAAGAGCUUUAGUGAUAGUAGUGGCCUUACUUCACAUCAAAGCAUCCAUACAGGGGUGAAACCACAUAAAUGUGUGGAAUGUGGAAAGAGUUUCCGUACUAGUGGACAGCUUACUAUUCAUCAGAGAACCCACACAGGAGUAAAGCCAUUUGAAUGUGUUGAGUGUGGAAAGACCUUCAGUCAAAGAGCAAACCUUGCUAGACAUCAAAAAUCCCACGCGGGGUGAAAUCAUAUGAAUGUGUGGUGUGUGGAAAGAGUUUCAGUCAUAGCAAUUGCCUUACUACACAUCAAAGAACCCACAUGGUGAUGAAGGCAUAGAAAUUAAUGGAGUGCAGAAAGAGCUUUAGUCAGAGUAGUAGCUUUACCCUACUCAAAGAAUCCAUACCAGGGAGAAACCAUAUAAAUACAUGGUUUGUGGAAAGAGCUUCAGGAAUAGUGGAAAUCUUGUUGUUGUUGUUAUGUGCCUUCAAGUCAAUUAUGACUUAUGGCGACCCUAUGAAUCAGUGACCUCCAAGAACAUCUGUCAUGAACCACCCUGCUCAGAUCUUGUAAAUUCAGGUCUGUGGCUUCCUUUAUGGAAUCAAUCCAUCUCUUGUUUGGCCUUCCUCUUUUUCUACUCCCUGCUGUUUUCCCCAGCAUUAUUGACUAUUCUAGUGAAUCAUGUCUUCUCAUGAUGUGUCCAAAGUAUGAUAAGCUCAGUUUCAUCAUUUUAGCUUCUAGUGUCAGUUCUGGUUUAAUUUGUUCUGGAAAAUGGAAAUGGACUGCCUUCAAGUCGAUCCUGACUUAUGGCUACACUAUGAGGAGGGUUUUCAUGGUAAGUGGUAUUCAGAGGUGGUUUACCAUUGCCUUCUUCUGAGGCUGGUCCUCCCCAGCUCACCAAUUAUUUGUCUUUUUCGCAGUCCAUGGUAUGCGCAAAGCUCUCCUCCAGCACCACAUUUCAAAUGAAUUGAUUUUUCUCUUAUCCGCCUUUUUCACUGUCCAACUUUCACAUCCAUACAUAGUGAUUGGGAUUACCAUGGUCUGAAUGAUCCUGACUUUGGUGUUCAGUGAUACAUCCUUGCAUUUGAGGACCUUUUCUAGUUCUCUCAUAGCUGCCCUACCCAGUCCUAGCCGCCUUCUGAUUUCUUGACUAUUGUCUCCAUUUUGGUUAAUGACUGUGCCGAGGUAUUGAUAAUCCUUGACAAGUUCAAUGUCCUCAUUGUCAACUGUAAAGUUACAUAAAUCUUCUGUUGUCGUUACUUUAGUCUUCUUGACAUUCAACUGUAGUCCUGCUUUUGUGGGUUGUUGCAACUUAUAGCCUGUGUCCAUAUCUUUACCAUAAUCAGGAAGGCACAAUGGGUUAGGAAAAUGAGGCAGGAGAGUAGCCCAGGGUGCUUUUGUGGUUGCCCAAUCCCUGGCCUGGUCCUGAAACUCCAGCUAGACAUCUCUUGAGGACCUUUUUAUAUAAGGCCUAGGUAACGGUAUAAUUUUUAGAAUAGCUACUCAUUUUUAUGAUCGUUUUGUAAUGUUUUGUAAUGCCAGAUGAUGACUCUUGUUGGGCCGAAUAUGGCCCACGGGCUGUUGUUUUCCUAUGCCUUCUGUACUAGGAUAGCUGGGAAUGUAGUAUGCAUCCACCAGAGGGCUGAUAGAAUUUAGGUAGAAUUUAGCAAUGGAAGCUGUAAUUAAUUAUAAUUAUGUAACCGGGGUCAUGAACAUUUUUGACCCAGCAGGGACGUUUAAUUCUGAGAAAGUGCUGGGGUGCCAAUCACAAAAAUGGCUGCUGUUGGGGGGAUGGCAUUGCAUAUAAUGGCUGUCAUUUCUCAAAAAGCUGAGGAUCAGGGAAAGGUAGGCCAUAAAAAUCUGUAGGCAUAUCCCAUCAUCAGUGGGAAGAAGGCCCCUCUCCUGUACUUAGAAUGGGUGGGGGGGUGCAUGUCCAAUCCUGGCAUCCAGUGAAAUGUGAAGAUGCCUGAGGAGGCUUGUUCAGUGUAGAAAAAGGUGAGCCAGUCUUGCAUAUAUUGUAGAAUUUUGAGGGGCUAUAUAUUCAGAUCUUUCACAUGUGCCAUAUGAGGGUGCACUGGCACCCACGGGCACCACAUUGGCAACCCCGUAAUAGGCAUUUUACCUGAUGUUUUAAUACUGUAUUUCCCACUUUAGUUUGCCAUGUAACUUUACUAUUGCCUGCAUGCACUGUUUCCAUAUAUUUUACCUUCCCCAAGAUUCAUCUAUGUAUCAUGUGCUUUUGAUUUUGCUUUGCUUUUCUUUGUAGAUGAUAUUUUAAUCUUUAAUAAAAUGAAA